ACUGUCCUUUCAGUCCCUCGACGAGUCCGCCACUCUUCGCCUAUAAUCUCCCAAAGGACAAGAACUCUCCUUCCUUUAUAUCUCAACCUUCAAAGCCUCAAACUUUCCACCCACCCACCUACCUUCCUUUCUCUCUCUCUGUUAUCACCAAACCCUCUUCCAUGGAAGCUUCAACAGCCCUCUCACGCAUAGGCCUGGCGGGUCUCGCCGUCAUGGGCCAGAACUUGGCUCUCAACAUUGCUGAUAAAGGCUUCCCAAUCUCCGUCUACAAUCGUACUACUUCCAAAGUCGAUGAGACCGUCGACCGUGCCCAUCAGGAGGGGAACCUGCCACUGUUUGGUCAGUACAAUCCUCGUGAUUUCGUGCUCUCAAUCCAACGACCCAGAUCUGUUAUUAUUCUUGUUAAGGCAGGGGCUCCCGUGGACCAGACUAUCGCUGCCUUGUCUGACCAUAUGGAGCCCGGUGAUGCCAUAAUUGAUGGUGGUAACGAGUGGUACGAGAACACUGAGAGAAGAAUCCAAGAGGUUUCUGGUAAGGGUAUUCUUUAUCUUGGAAUGGGGGUUUCUGGGGGUGAAGAGGGUGCUCGUAAUGGGCCUUCGCUUAUGCCUGGUGGGUCUUACCAGGCUUACUCGAAUGUUCAAGAUAUUCUUCACAAGGUUGCAGCUCAAGUCGAGGAUGGCCCAUGUGUCACCUAUAUUGGUGAAGGGGGUUCCGGCAAUUUUGUCAAAAUGGUUCAUAAUGGGAUUGAGUAUGGUGACAUGCAGUUGAUAUCGGAGGCUUAUGAUGUGUUGAAGAAUGUUGGAGGGUUGUCAAACGCUGAACUUGGUGAGAUUUUCGCCGAGUGGAACAGAGGUGAGCUUGAGAGCUUUCUUAUUGAGAUUACUGCUGAUAUAUUCAAGGUUAAGGAUGAUCAGGGUGAUGGAGAAUUGGUUGAUAAGAUUUUGGACAAGACUGGUAUGAAGGGUACUGGAAAAUGGACUGUUCAACAGGCUGCGGAGCUCUCUGUGGCAGCUCCAACAAUUGCAGCUUCUUUGGAUUGUAGGUACUUGAGUGGGUUGAAGGAGGAGAGGGAGAAUGCGGCUAAUGCUUUGAAAGAAGCUGGUUUGAAGGAGGAAGUUGGGCCUGUGAUGACAGGAGUUGAUAAGAAAAGGCUUAUCGAUGAUGUUAGGCAAGCUUUGUAUGCUUCCAAGAUUUGUAGUUAUGCUCAAGGGAUGAACUUGUUGAGGGCCAAGAGCAAUGAGAGAGGUUGGAAUUUGAACAUGGGAGAGUUAGCUAGGAUUUGGAAAGGAGGCUGCAUCAUAAGGGCAGUGUUUUUGGAUAGGAUUAAGAAGGCUUAUCUGAGGAAUCCCAAUUUGGCCAGCUUAGUUGUUGACCCAGAGUUUGCCAAAGAGAUGGUUCAGCGCCAAGCCGCGUGGAGGAGAGUUGUGGGGUUGGCUAUAUCCGCCGGCAUUAGCACCCCUGGAAUGUGUGCUAGUCUAUCCUAUUUCGAUACCUACAGGCGUUCCAGGCUUCCUGCUAACCUUGUUCAGGCUCAGAGAGACUUGUUUGGUGCUCAUACCUAUGAGCGAGUUGAUCGACCUGGGGCAUUCCAUACCGAGUGGACAAAGCUUGCAAGAAAGAGUGACGCUGGUGUUGGGUCUUUUCACUAAGUUUUUUCUGUAAUUCGGCAUUGGUUAUGUUGGAAAGUGAAUUUGAGUUGUAUCUCUUGUAGGCAUAGCAUAGCAUUGGUUAUCAUUGUUAGCCUUGAAAUUUCCUUAUUUUCUUCUAUCUUAAUAAGAAGUGCAUGCCUUUCAAUGA